AUGGUAUCGGCCGGCGCAGCGAGCGGGAGGGCGCAGAUAAGCUGGCUGCGCUCAGGGACACGUCCCCGGCCUGCCGCCGGCUUCCACGGAGGCGAGAGUCAGCCCUGCGUGGGGAGCAGGGAGGAAACCGGGAACGGCCGGCACUUGUUCAGGACCCACCGCUCACGCCGGUGUCUGUCCGCGGUGCGCCUGGAGCCCCCCGCCGCUCCGGAGCGAGCCUGGCACUGCCAGCGCGGGACCCCGCGUGUGCAUGGGGAGGCCGCAGACAGCAGCGGGGUGCCCUCUGUGCCUUCCCGUGAGGAGCCCACCCAUGCAGCCUGCAAGGGAACACUGGAGGAUGCAGUAAUCUGCACCCGUGGACACAUCUUCUGCAGGCUGUGCCUCCCCCCACCCUCCCGGAUGGGGGCCCGGCCCUCCUGCCAGGUGCUGCCUUGUGUACUCUGCAAGCAGAAGGAGCCCACCCAGCCUCUCAUGGUCCCUGUGCCCCUGGGCCCUCUGGGGGAGACGUGCUGUGAGGAGCACGGUGAGAAGAUUUACUUCUUCUGUGAGAUCGAUGCUGAGUUGCUCUGUGUGGUCUGUCGGGAGAGUCCCUCCCACUGCACCCACCCUGCAGCCGUCCUCAAUGGGGCCGUUCAGCCCUACCGGGACCAUCUCUGGAGCCAGUUGAAAGCUCUGCGCCUGGAGAAGAGCAAGAUGGAGGCCACAUGGCAGCGGGAAGACAGGAAGCUCCAAGAGCUUCUGACUCACAUUGAAAGCAAGAAGCAGCAGGUGGACGCGGCGUUUGGGAAGCUUCAGCAGGAGCUGGCGGACCAGCAUGGUCUCCUGCAGGCCAGGCUACGCGAGCUGGAGCUGCAGACCUGCAUGGAGAGGGACCAGUACAAUUCCAAGUUCUCCGAGGAGAUCACCAGGCUCGGAGCCCAGGCCCAGGAGCUGGAGGAGCAGAGCCAGCAGCCAGCCAGCGUCCUACUGCAAGAUGUCAGAGCCGACCAGAGCAGGUAUGAGACAAGGACUUUUGUGAAUCCAGAGACAAUUUCUCCAGACCUUGUCAAGAAGAUCCGAGAUUUCCACAGGAAAACACUCUCCCUCCCAGAGAUGCUGAGGACCUUCUCAGAAAACCUGGCGCAUCAUCUGGAAACAGACUCAGGGCCCGUCCCGCCGGACCCGCGCGCCCUCAGCCGGAGCCUGGCCCUCCCCGAGGACAGGAAGCCGGCGACGUUCACCCGGGACAAGCAGGACCUGAUGCACAGCACCCUGCGCUCCGAGGGUGUCCCGGCGGCGCUGGGCACCCCCCGGCUGUCUCUCAAAGCUCCACCGCAGGGGGAGCUCUGA